CUCUUGUGUGAGCCGGAGUUUGGGGGUGCUGGGCCCCUGCUUGCACCAGACAGUGCGGAGAGUCGAUAUUUGGGUGCGGAGCUGAGUCGGGGUGGACUUUGGGGAAGAGAGAUCUCGAGACUGGGGGACGAUCCUGGCUCCCAGUGUGGCGCCUGCUCCCCAGAACCACGCCCCCCAUUUCCCCCCGACCCGGCGCGCGCCCCUCGGAUUUCGUUUUAGACCUCUCCCAGUCCUUCGGGACUCGGUCUGGUUUACACUGGGUAGCUCUAGGGACGGAGCGAUCGGCUCGGGUGGAGAGAGGAUGGUUAACUCCUUAGGACCUAAUUCCUCCCUCCUUGUCCCUCUUUCCCUUUCUCGUUCGGACAUCCAGAACUUCCAUCCCCCAGGCCCUGACUCUCUCCCCAGCUGUCUCCCGUCCCAUAACCCCUUUGCGUCCCUCGCCGCAUUUCGGGUCCCUAAGGCAGCGAGCAGCUGAGGGUUAAGGGGGCGGGUCUGCUGCAUUUUUGGGGAAUGAGCGCAUCCUAGCGGCUGCCAAGAGGGGCUCCCGGCCGGGACCUCUCCAAGCCCCCGAGAUGGGGCAACAGGUGUUUUGGAGAUUAGGGAUUCCGAUCUUAUUCCUCCGACUCCCCCUAAAGCGACCGGUGAAGUAAAAAGAGAAAACUAAGAAAUCAGCGUGGCCGGAGGGGGGUCCGUGUGGAUGGGAUGGGGACGCCAGGGGAGGGGCUGGGCCGCUGCUCCCAUGCCCUGAUCCGGGGGGUCCCGGAGAGCCUGGCGUCGGUGGAGGGUGCGGGGGCUGGCCUCCCGGCCCUGGACCUGGCCAAAGCUCAGAGGGAGCACGGGGUGCUGGGUGGUAAACUGAGACAGCGAUUGGGGCUGCAGCUGUUAGAACUGCCUCCUGAAGAGUCGCUGCCGCUGGGACCGCUGCUCGGUGACACCGCGGUGAUCCAAGGGGAUACGGCCCUAAUCACGAGACCCUGGAGCCCCGCCCGCAGGCCGGAGGUCGAUGGAGUCCGCAAAGCCCUCCAGGACCUGGGGCUCCGAAUUGUGGAGAUGGGGGACGAGAACGCGACACUGGAUGGCACCGAUGUUCUCUUCACCGGCCGCGAGUUUUUCGUAGGCCUUUCCAAGUGGACCAAUCACCGUGGAGCUGAGAUCGUGGCGGACACGUUCCGGGACUUUGCCGUCUCCACGGUGCCGGUCUCGGGCCCCUCCCACCUGCGUGGCCUCUGUGGCAUGGGGGGACCACGCACUGUGGUGGCGGGUAGCAGCGAGGCAGCCCAAAAAGCUGUCAGGGCAAUGGCAGUGUUGACGGAUCAUCCCUAUGCCUCCCUGACCCUCCCAGAUGACGCAGCGGCUGACUGUCUCUUUCUGCGUCCUGGGCUGCCGGGAGUGCCCCCGUUCCUCCUGCACCGUGGAGGUGGGGAUCUACCCAACAGCCAGGAGGCACUGCAGAAGCUCUCUGACGUCACCCUGGUACCUGUGUCCUGCUCGGAACUGGAGAAGGCGGGCGCUGGGCUCAGCUCCCUCUGCCUGGUGCUCAGCACACGCCCCCACAGCUGAGAACCUGGCCUUGGGGUCCUGGCUGGCUAGGGGUAGGGCGGCAUAGGAGUAGAAGGGGAAGGAGGGUUAGAUGGAGGAUGGCAAAUAGGGAGUAGUGGGGAGAGGGCCCCAAGAUCGGGGGAGGGCAUAGGAUAGAGGCCACUGGGUGACUCUUCUCCCCAAGAACUAAUAAAAUAGAACUGACCUUUUA